AUGAUAGGAUCAACAAUUAGUCUGCUAUGUUACUCAAGUUUUUUUCAACAACAAUACGAAGAAUGUGAUGAUAGUGAUUAUUGCUUUUUCUUGGAAGAUUAUCCGAUACUCGAUCCAACCGAUACGCAAAAUCAUGCACGUAGUUGUGAACGGCGUGGUUACUGUAAAACACUGGUUGAGAAUUUGAAUGGUAAAAUUUUGACAAAAUAUGGUUUGACACAUAAAUGUGGAACUUUUAUGGCAAAUGAAAAGACAUAUGCAGAUUUAUGUUGUUGCAAUUAUAAUUGGUGCAACAGGUUAAAGGUUAAUGAAUUACCAUUAGUAAUGGAUAGCAAAAAGAUGAAAAGAAAUAGAGCAAGAAGAUGGGAAGAAAGAAAUGAAAUAUGA